AUGGCGGACGCCAGUGACAAGUCCGCGGCCGAGGGUCCCUCAGGCAACGGGUACGCUGAACACGAUGAUAACCCAACCAAGGCAAAGGCAACCAUCGAUAUCGACGUCCUUGCGGAGAGCAUCCCAUAUGGACCCAGUGGUGUGAGAGGCAUCUUCUCUUCGGGGCCUUACAUGUUGUCUGCGGCAUUCUUGGCCUCGCUCGGAGGGUUCUCGUUCGGCUACGAUCAGGGCGUCAUGGGCAUCAUCAACGUUCUCCCGCAAUUCCACGCCGUCAUCCCGGAAGCAGAGAACGAGUUCAACAAGGGAUUCAUGACGGGUAUGCUCCUGCUCGGCGCUUUCAUCGGCUGCUGGUUCUACCCGUACAUCUCCGACCGCUGGUCUAGGAAGAAGGCGCUCCUUCUGAGUUCCAUCAUCUUCUGCAUCGGUGGUGUCAUCCAGACCGCAGCAUAUAACUACGCGACCGUUGUUGUUGGGCGAACAAUUGGAGGUAUCGGGACCGGAACACUUGCUCUCGGCGCCCCAAUGUACAUCUCCGAAGUCUCCCCGCCUCAUCUCCGCGGAACGCUGCUCGUUCUCGAAUCCGUCGCCAUCGUCGCAGGCGUCACCAUCGCGUACUGGAUCACGUAUGCUUGCAAGGAUAUCGCCGGCGAGGCCUCGUGGCGCGUGCCGUUUGCUCUUCAGCUGCCCUCGGCCAUGAUCCUCGGUGCUAUGAUCCAGCUCUUCCCCUACUCGCCCCGCUGGCUUGCGAUGCAGGACAGGCAUGAGGACUGCUUGAGCAGCUUGUGCAAGCUCCGGAAGCUCCCGGCGUCAGACGAGCGCGUGCAGGCCGAAUAUCAGGGCAUUCUCGCCGAAGCCAAAUUUCAGGCCGUCAUGCUGGAGCGCCGCCAUCCCGGAGUCCGUGGAUUCAAGUUGGAAGUGGUGCAGUGGCUCGAUCUAUUCACCAUCAAGAGCUGGAGGCGGACAAUAGUUGGCGCCGGUGUGUCCUUCUUCCAGCAGUUCCAAGGUGUGAACGGCUUCAUCUACUACGCACCAACCCUCUUCAGAAACAUUGGCCAAUCCGACGAUAUGUCGCUCAUUCUCUCCGGCAUCUUCAACGCGCUACAGAUCGUCGGUGUCUUCAUCGCAUUCAUCCUCAUCGACAGGGUUGGCCGCAGACCGCUCGCCAUCUACGGCGGUAUCGGCAACAUGAUUUGUUUCGUGGUCAUCGCAGCCCUCGUCGGCACUUUCGACAGCAGGUGGGGCGAGAAUACCUCCGCAGGCUGGGCGUGCGUCGCCAUGGCCUUCCUCUUCAUUAUCAUCUUUGGCGCCUCGUACUCGUCCCUCGGAUGGGCUCUUCCUCCCGAGGUGUUUCCCAAUGGUAUGCGCUCCAAGGGCGUUGCGUUCUCGGUGGCUGUCAACUGGCUUUCCAACUUCACAGUGGGCGUCGUUACUCCGCCGAUGAUUGAGAGCAUUGGGUUCGGUACCUACGUUUUCUUCGCCUGUUUCUGUGGCUCGGCUGCAGUUUGGGCUUUCUUCCUUGUUCCUGAGACUAUGGGCAAGACCCUUGAGCAGAUGGACGAAGCGUUUGGUGACUUAAGUGGCCAUGAGGAACAGGAGGUCAUGAGAGAGAUUUUGGGUGGUCAAGCUGUUACAAGCAAGCGGGACGCUGUUUGA